AUGAGUUAUCUAAGUGAUUUAUCGCAAUCAAGUGAAUAUUUAAGUUUUCGAAGUAGCAUUCCGUUACGAAAAGUAGUGGUAGAUUCAGAUGGUGCCAAGGCAUGGAGAAUUUUCGAUAGUGGCCCAAAAUCUGUUACUUGUCCCUUAGUAUGCUUACCACCCGUAUCAGGUACUGCCGAUAUUUUUUACAAACAAGUAAUGGGUCUAACGACAAGGGGUAUCCGAGUGAUCGCAGCGGAGCCACCUCCAUAUUGGAAUUUAAAAGAGUGGUGUGAUGGUUUUAAACGCUUAAUUGACUAUCUAGAGCUUGAUAAAAUACAUAUUUUCGGCGCAUCUUUAGGUGGAUUCAUGGGACAAAAAUUUACAGAAUUAACAAAAAAUUGCCCUCGAGUUGCUUCACUUGUUUUAUGCAACUCUUUUACCGAUACAGCUAUAUUUGAAUAUCAUGAUUCAGCAGCCUUAUUUUGGCUUCUACCCUCUUUGGUACUAAAGAGAAUGUUGAUGGGAAAUUUCACAGUUGAGAAAGUGGAUAAAAGAAUAGCAGAAUCAGUGGACUUCAUGGUGGAAAGACUGGAAUCUCUAACACAAUCUGAAUUAGCAUCAAGACUAACUCUCAACUGUACUCCAUGUUAUGUAACACCACAAGCAUUAAGUGAUUUGCCUAUCACAAUAAUGGAUGUUUGGGAUGAAAGUGCCUUAAGUGCAAGAGUUCGUGAAGAUCUAUACAAGUCAUAUCCACAAGCUAAGCUUGCCCAUUUAAAAAGUGGUGGCAAUUUCCCAUAUUUAAGUAGAAGUGAUGAAGUCAACUUGCACUUAUUGAUACAUUUACGACAAUUUGAUAGCACUGACCUGAGAGCUUCCUAUCUUACACUUCACAAAUUAUCUUGUCAACAAGGUACAUCUGAAGAAGGCUCAGUCAGCUAUUUUAAUCAAAGUGAUAAAUUUGUUAAGAUUUCA